CUUGCAACUGAUGUGUUCAAUUAUAAAUGUUAUAUUAUCAUGUAUAGUGCGUAUUUAUCUUUCAUUAGCAAUAGCUUUAAGACAGAAAACUGUUCAGUAAAAUAACAUAUUACAAUAAAGUGAUAUAGAAAAUAUUCUUUGUUCAUGCACAGAGUUUGGAAGAUUUGCCAUCUGUUGUACCAUAUGGAUAUUAUUUCACUCUGAAAGGUAAUUGUGACCAACAUUAUUCUGCUCACAGAAUUGUAUGACCUCAUGAUGGAAGUUUCCUGUCGGAGAUGUUUUGGCUGCUCAUUCUGAUUUGCAUCUUCUUCAUCUUUGUAUCAUUUGUGCUCUUCACAUUCAUAAAAUACUGGAUAAGAAAUAGGGCAAAAACUUUACUACCUCAACUGAGGGAGACUUCUGCAACAAGGGAGAAAACUGUGGUAGUCGGAUUCUUUCAUCCGUAUUGUAAUGCAGGAGGUGGAGGAGAAAGAGUACUGUGGGUUGCCAUAAGAUCUCUACAGAAUAGGUAUCCAAAUGUUAAAUGUUUAGUCUACACAGGUGACUUUGAGGCAAGUGGAGAAGAGAUUCUAUACAAAGCAAGACAGAGAUUUAAUAUCACCUUGCCAAAGCCAGUGGAAUUUGUUUUCUUGAGGAGUCGAAAUUGGGUUGAGGCGAGAAAAUACCCAAUUUUCACCCUUCUUGGUCAAAGUCUUGGUUCUGUGGUGCUCGGAUGGGAGGCAUUAAUGGCGUAUGUCCCAGAUAUCUACAUAGACAGUAUGGGAUAUGCUUUCACUCUGCCUUUGUUUAAAUAUCUCGGUGGCAGUAUUGUGGGUUGCUAUGUACAUUAUCCAACAAUUAGCACAGAUAUGCUUCAGAGAGUUUCUGAUAGAGAAACUGGUUUUAAUAAUGCUUCCAUAGUCACAAGGAGUUCAUUUCUUACUAGUAUUAAACUGCUUUACUAUAGAAUGUUUGCGUAUUGUUACGGUCUGGCAGGAAGUCGUAGUGACACCGUAAUGGUAAACUCCACUUGGACAUACGGACAUAUAAAAUCAUUAUGGGGCGUAGGAGAUAAAGCCGUAAUUGUAUACCCUCCCUGUGAUAUCUCAGAAUUUAUGAAAAUUGAUCUGACUGAUAAACAAAAUAGUCAUGUGCAAUCUAUUUUAUCCGUUGCUCAGUUCCGUCCAGAAAAAAACCAUAGGCUGCAGCUGGAGGGAUUUUGUAAAUUUCUGGAAAAGUAUUCCAAAAAAGAGAAAAGUAAAUAUAAGUUAAUUCUAGUCGGAGGUUGUAGGGACCAAAAAGAUAGCCAGCGUGUGGAAGAAUUAAGAAAGCUUGCUGAUGAGCUGAAUAUUAAAGAUUAUGUAGAAUUUAAACUGAAUGUGUCGUUUGAAGAUCUGAAAUCUAUGAUGGCUGAGGCAACUAUUGGACUGCACACUAUGAGAGAUGAACAUUUUGGAAUAGGUGUGGUGGAGAUGAUGGCUGCAGGAUUGGUAACUCUCGCGCACGACUCUGCUGGACCAAAGUUAGACAUCCUUACUCCGUAUGAUGGUCAGUCGACAGGGUAUUUAGCUUCAGAUAAGGAAACAUACGCAGACUCUAUGGAGAACAUUUUCAACCUGUCACAGAAACAGAGUUUAGACAUUCGUGAAAACGCGAGAAAAUCUGUGACUAGGUUUUCAGAAAGUGAAUUCGAGCAGGGCUUUAAUUCCGUGGUUGAACCAUUGUUGAAAUUAAAUUGAUUUUAUGUUUAUUAAUUAUUAUUAUUUAUUAAAAAAGGUUAAAUACA